CGUGGGGUGAAGUGCAAGGUCAUCCCAUCCGCGAACGUGGAGCUUAGUGCCGGACGUUCAGACUGGCGCCCUUCGGAGCUUGCCCAGAGCAGAGGCCUUCUGAUUCUCCCCAACCUAAUCCCUGUUGCCAUGGAGAUCACCAAUGGGACUGAGACCUGGUUUAAGAGCCUUCACGCUAUACUGAAGGCUCUAAAUUCCACUCUUCACAGCAAUCUGCUCUGCCACCCAGGGCUUGGACCAGAGCCAGACAACCUGACUGAGGAGCAGCGAGUCCACCGACCUGGCCGUAAUGACAACUCCUACAUGUACAUUCUCUUCGUCAUGUUCCUAUUUGCUGCUACUGUGGGCAGCCUCAUCCUGGGAUACACCCGUUCCCGCAAAGUGGACAAGCGCAGUGACCCCUAUCACGUGUACAUCAAGAAUCGAGUGUCUAUGAUCUGAUACUAAGGGUCCAGGGGUGGCUGAAGAGCAAGAUAAAUGAGAAUUAUCUUCUGAGGCCUCUCAGACUCAGUCAUGAACAAGGGGAGCCUCUGUUUAACCUACCUGUAAGAUCAACAAAGAACUGUGCUAAGGGGGUCUUCAUUGGGGCUAUGGCAGAAGGGCUGGAAGACCUCAGACUGAUGGAAAAGGAUUUUUUUCCCCAGCAAAGACAGAUUUUAUAGACAAUGGGAACUCCACGAACAAAUAUAUAGAAGUAGCAAAAUAUAAUAACCAAUGGCUGAUCCAGUGGCUGGAUUAUUCAGGGGCUAAAGGAAAGAGAAGUUGUAGAAGAGGGACGUGAAAUAGAAAUGUGCUCCAAGGACACAUUUCUUAUGUGUCAUCUUCAGUGAC